GUGAGGCUAUGAUCACGGUCCACAACUUCCCUUCGUUCAGCAAGAAGGCCCUAGAUCUAGAGGCUAGAGGCAAAGAUCGGGCAUGGGCACCAACCCACACGGAUGGUAGGAAAAAGGCAAUGCCUCCUAACUGGAAGGCAAGGGGCACAUCAUGUUCGUCGACAACGAUGGUACUACCAUAAAGUUAGACGACGAUUUCCAGAUGGGAGUAGGGUCAGAGUCGGGUAGCACAGAAGCUUCAGGGGUGGAGCAAUCGCUGCCUCAGUCCAAAAAGGAGGGUAUGUACUUGGUGUAUGUCUCUGUAGAGGGCGAGCCGGUGAAAAUACCUCCAGAGAUAGAGGGAGUGGUCGCUAAAUACCCGGAUCUAUUUGAAGAGCCAAAAGGGGUUGUUGAGAGGGAGGUCGUCCAAGCGAUAGAGAUUAUCCCAGGGUCUAGUAUUCCGAAGGGUAGGAUCUAUCGAAUGUCUCCAGUGGAGCUUGAUGAGCUUCCCCGACAACUCAAAGAUCUCACAGAUAAUGGUUGGAUUCGACCGAGUGUCUCCCCUUACGGGUCUCCUGUCCUAUUUGUACCAAAGAAGGGGGGAACGUUGCGGAUGUGCAUUGAUUAUAGGGGCCUCAAUGCCAUCACCCUGAAGAACGCAGAGCCCCUACCGCGCAUCGAUGACUUGUUGGACCGAGUGCAACAGUGUCGGUACAACAUAAAGAUAGAUCUGAAGUCCGGGUACCAUCAGAUUGCAAUCCGGCCCGACGAUCAACACAAAACCGCUUUUCAGACCAGGUACGGUUUGUACGAGUUUGUGGUGAUACCUUUCAACGUUUGCAAUGCUCCUGGCACCUCUCAGCACGCGAUGAACCGGAUCUUUCAUGACUACUUAGAUAAGUUUGUUAUCGUGUACCUCAAUGACAUACUUAUUUUUAGUAGGACUGUCGAGGAGCAUGUAGCCCAUUUAUAUAAAGUACUUAGUCUCCUUCGGCAGUACCGGUUCAAGAUUAACCGGGAGAAGUGUGAGUUUGGCCGCACCCGGAUCUUGUAUCCGGGUCAUGAGAUUUCCGCGGAGGGAUUGAAGCCCGAUGACGCGAAGGUGGCCAGCAUCUGUGAUUGGCUGCGUCCUCAGUCUGUGACGAAGGUGAGAUCUUUCUUGGGAAUGAUCGGAUACUAUCGCAAUUUCGUGAACUAUAGCAUAGCAUCCGCACCCUUGUCGGAUCUCACAUGCCUUGAUACCCCCUGGGAGUGGACAGACAGGUGUGAGGCUGCUUUCAAACAUCCGAAGCAUUCUCUUCCACACCAUGAGGUCUUGAAACUCCUUGAUCCUGACAAACCAUUCGUUGUAACCACAUAUGCCAACCAAUAUGGCAUUGGUACCGUGCUUGCGCAGCAGGAGGGGAAGAAGAAGUUGAAACCCGUAGAGUACAUGUCCAAAAAGAUGCCCUCUCAGAAGUUGGCUAAGUCCACCUAUGAGAAGGAACUCCAUGCGAUAUAUAAAGCGCUGACCCAUUGGAGGCACUACCUCCUUGGGAGAUUCUUCUACGCCGGGAAUGAUCAUCAGACGCUGAGGUGGAUGAGGACACAGCCUGAACUCUUCGAUGCUUCGAAACGCUGGAUCGAAGUCAUAGAACAAUAUGACUUCGAACCUCAGUACAUCAAAGGGGAGUACAAUAAGGUCGCUGAUGCAUUGUCGUGUAGACUAGACUUCCUUGGUGGGCUGAUCACUAAGUUUGGGCUUGCGGACAAGGUGACUCAGUCCUUAGUGAAAGCCUAUCGCACGGAUCCGUUCAUGGCAAAGAUCAUACGCAGGCUCGAGGCGAAGGACAAGGUGACAUCUGACGAGUUUGCGUUGGUCAAUGGCCUGCUGUUUCUCGAGAAGGCCUGGAAUAAACGUUUGUGUGUGUCGAACCGGGAGUCUUUGCGUCGUUUAUUUUUAUGCGAGUGUCAUGAUGCCACCAGGCCUUUUGGCUAUAAGAAAACUGCAGCAAACUUGUUGCCGCAGUUCUGGUGGCCCACAAUGAUGAAAGAUGCCAAGCUGUAAGUGGAAACUUGUCAAGUGUGCUUGAGAGACAAACCACACACAUAGGCCCCUCUCGGGCUUCUCAAGCCCCUUCU